CCUUGCCCGAGGUGAUGGGCUGUGCGGGGAUCCUGCUCUCCUACGUCCUGGCUUACCUGCUGCCUUGGGACGUGGCCACGGCGGUAUCGGCCGCUCCCUUCGUGCCACUGGUCUUGCUCAUGCUUCUCGUGCCCGAAUCUCCGUAUUGGCUUGUGAGGAAGAAGAGGAUCGACGCCGCCGAGAGGUCUUUGCGAGUCCUGUUGGGCCGCAGCGCUGACGUCACGAAGGAACUCGACGCCAUCAGGAGUACCACGACCCUUAAGCAGUCCAAGGUCAAGAACCAGUUACAAGAGCUUCGCCGAGGUCGUAACAUCCGUCCCGUAGUGCUGAUCCUUGCUCUGUUCGUCCUGAGGGAACUCGGCGGGAAAGCCCCCGUCUACAACUACACCGUCUACAUGUUUCGCAGCGCGGGAGUAGAGCUGGACGCCUUCUACUGCACAGUGUUCGUCGGAUUAACUCGUUUUGGCGCUACAUUAGUGUCAGCUUUCAUCCUGGAUUACCUGGGCCGAAAGCCGGUGCUAGUGACGUCGGCGACGAUAUCGGCCCUGAUGCUGGCUGCCGCCGGCGCCACUGUCUACCUGGAGGUGGAGGGGGCGUCGUGGGUGCCCUUAGCGGCCAUGCUGGUGUAUGUGGGGGCGUACGCAAUCGGUCUUGGCCCCAUCCUGUGGGCUUACCUCGGCGAACUUCUUCCGACCCCAGUGAGGUCCAUGGCAGCGUCUAUAAUCACCUUCUUCCACUUCUCCUCCUCCUUCGGCGUAAACUACAUGUUCCUUGAGGUCGUAGCGACCUUCGGCCUCGGUCGAACGCUGAUGGUGUUCGGAUCCGUCAAUCUGGUCAUUGCCAUAGUCGUCUUCUGCUUCAUCCCUGAGACGAAAGGCCGGUCUCUGCAGGACAUGGAGAAGGCUUUCGUAGCGAAUGGCCGCAAGGAAGGAAAAGACAACCCGAUCUUCGAAGCAGAUGAGCAGCCUCCCCACACAGACCCGCUCAGCCAAACUCAAAGCGACUCGCACGAGGCCACGACCGCCUCUUGUGCUUCGUCAGUCUCCUCCAACGGGCCAUGUACACCCUCGAAUUCCAGAACUGGACCUUGCACUCCUCCAGGAACCCGUACCUUACCGUGCAUACCGCUUGAUACGCAUGAUGCCCGAUGCGCCCCGCGAAGCACCAAUGGAUCAGAAUUCAGAGCAGGCGAUAAGCUGUCUUCGCGCAGUUCGUCGAACGCUUCCUCCUCUUCAGCCUCAUUCACAGAGGCCACAAUCCCAGCCUUCAUUCAACCAGAAGAACCUACAUUACAAAUUACUUAUCUGUAAGGAGACUAAGUUUAUAGGAAGGCGUUUGAGAAGAUAAUUCGUUCCUUAGCUGCAACUGCCUCAGUUUCCGAUAUUAAUGUAGAGGUGUUAGACUCGUUAACUACGGCCAAGUAUGAUAUGAGAACACUGUAUAUAAGCCAGAUAUCACUAUCAUAAGUAUUUAGCAAUCACAUUCUGAAGAAGGAAUAUGGCAAAGAGACCGCAUAAUUACUCACCUAUAUUAAUGUAUGGUCACAACCAGACAUGUAGUGGUUAAUAAUUGCUCAUAAUCAGGUAUAUCCUAUUGCUUACUCACUGCCUACCAAUACUUUCCUCAAUGCUUUCUUAUAUGAAGUAUGUGUGCAUGAGCUUAUACUGCCAUACAGAUUUAAUUCAAGUUGUGUAAAUGUUCCUGAGAGUCUGUAUCUGACGAGUUGUCAAUCAUGCGUCUCCUGUCUAAAGAAACUCGUCCGUCAACAUUUUUUCGCCCAAUUCUUAUUCUUAUUCUCAGUCCUAUUCAUAUUUUUAUUUCUCUCUCUCUCUGUCCCACACACACACAGAUAUAUUUGUAUAUAUGCACAUAAUUGUGUGUACACACACA